AUGACUCAUAUCCCUGAUAACUGUUAUAGAGAUAAGAAAGGAGAAAUCAGAACAUAUCUUACAACAUUUGGAACUUUGGCGGUGGCAUUCAUUAUCAGUGGUAGUGGUACUCGAAGAACGUCCACGGUUUCUACUUCCAGUGGCUCAGUUCGUGACCAGAAAGACCAAAAAAGUGCGGAAAUUGGUUAUAGCACUGAAUUUGCCAAUAAGAAUGAGCAGGAAGAAACAGAGAUGGAAGAUGAGGAGGGAAGUUAUGAUUCAAAACGUAUGCGUCAUCAUCGCGAAUCAGCGGAAGUUGCUCGAAAACGAUUGAAGCUGGACCUAAAAAGUUCUGUUGAUCGUGGAAUUGUUGAGAAUGGUUCAGAAUCGAAUGAAUCAAGAGAGGGUUCUUGUGAGCGCAAUGAUUGUGGCCAUUUGAAAAAGUGUGCUUUGGAUGUUUCAUCCAUGUGCUAUGGACGUGAAAAUCAUGGAAGUACACAUCUUACAGAUGGGAAUUACAACUAUAAAACUUUCCAUCAUAUUUCGAAGGGCGAGCAUGUUUGCUGCGCAUGUUAUGAUGAGAUAUGGAAACCUGGCCGAACAGGUAAUGAUCGUUUUAAUGAAUGGAAGGGAAAAUGGGCUUCUGAAAGCCGCUGCACUCCAUGUGUACGACUGUACAUUCAAGAUCAGUUACUUCCAUUUUGGUUGCAGUGCAAACUUUGCAAUAAGUUUAGGCAUUUGCCAAUUACCGUGAACAGUAUAAGUCGUGAAGAUGUCGAAAGAUUUGUUUGUGGUAGUCAUAUUGAGGCCGAUAGGGAUAGCUUAAACGACCCAUGUGACGUUAAAGAGGAGGAGUGUGUACGUGAUGCUUCCGAAACGUUAUGGAUAAAGUCGGUCAGCAUCCCACCUUUACUGCAUAAUUCACCUGCAGCUCCAUUUUUACAACAUGAAUAUUAUUAUGAUGAAGUAGGAAUUAGCCCUACUAAUGCAAUAUUCGAACAUCAAAAUGAAAGUGCAGUACGGAGCUUUAUGCGUCCAUUCAAUAUUCCACAUGAACAGUCAAUGGCAUUUUGUUUACGACCGGAUGUUAUGGAAUACGACGAAUUACACAGCUUUCCGGAAUAUGCUACCGAACCAGUUGCUUAUUUGGCUAUGCGGAAUCUCGUUAUUGCUUUAUGGAAUCUCAAUCCAUUUCAGUAUUUAACUGUGGAGUGCUGUAUUCCAUACCUAAUUUGUCGAGGUCUUGCACGAGUUUGGUAUAUUAAUGAAUUAAAUCGAGUUAUCAGAUUUCUUAGUCUCAAGUCUCUCAUCAAUUAUGGCGUAUUAAAUUUCUCCAAAACUUCAAUACUUUCAUCAAAAUGCAGCGAUAUGGAAGUGGUUAUUGUUGGCGCUGGGAUCAGUGGUUUAACUGCAGCUCGGCAGCUUCGUUCAUUUGGUGCUCGGGUUAAGGUUCUAGAAGCGAAGGGGAAAUUAGGCGGACGACUAUUGGAUGAUUGGUCGUUAGGCGUUGCAGUUGGUAGUGGUGCUCAGCUUAUUACUGGAAUUAUCAACAACCCAAUUGUCUUAAUGUGCGAACAAAUAGGUGUUGUUUAUCGCGCUGUAAAAGACGAAUGUCCGUUGUUAGAUGCAGGUACUGGAAAACGAGCAUCAAGCAUUUGUGACCGAGUUGUCGAUGAACAUUUUAACUGUUUACUGGAUUGUUUGGCCGACUGGAAGCAGAAUGUUAAAGUUGGUGAUGAAAGUCUAUACGAUCGUAUAAUGGGCUUGCAUAAUGCAUUCCUAAAAACGACAGGACUGAAAUGGACUGAGGAAGAAGAGCGCAUGCUGCAGUGGCAAAUAGGUAACGUGGAAUUUUCAUGUGGUUCGAAGUUGGAUGGUGUUUCGGCUCGUAAUUGGGACCAGAAUGAAGCAGUGGCGCAGUUUGCUGGUGUUCAUGCUUUACUAACUGAUGGUACCUCGGAACUAAUGCGUCGACUGGCAGAGGGUACCGAUAUUCGAUGUAAUCAUGAGGUUAAUGUUCCCUGUCUUUUGUUCUUUUGAAAUUAU